CUUCUUCUCGGUUCAUACGCCCACAACAUAAAUAUGGCAAGAAGAGAGUGAAAUGCGGGGAGGAAAGAAAAAUAUCAUCAUUAUCACUUCGCAGCAUGAAUACGCUAUUCCUCCUGGCAGGUGCCAGUGGCGCAACGGCACAUAUUCUCUUCUAUCGUUUAGGCGAAUGGGAUCUCAAAAGCCUCAGUCUGGUCACUAAUUAUUUGAUAUUUGUCGUGAUUGGCAUCUAUAUUGAGAGUCUGAAUGUGCUUGAUCCCUAUUUUCCUGCACCGCUAGAGCGCUAUUGGGCGAUCAAAUCAGUAGGUUGUCAUGUUGUUGGCAUCUACUUGAGUAUUAUCCUUUAUCGCCUUUUUUGGCAUCGCUUGUCCCGAUUUCCUGGCCCCUUUUUCGCAAAAUUGUCCAACUUCUACGUGACUGCACUCUCAGCCAAGAAACUGCAUCUGUAUGAAGAGGUUGAGAAUCUGCAUAAAAAAUACGGCGACUAUGUACGACUCGGCCCCUCGGAAUUAUCAAUCGCGGAUCCUCAAGCCGUCAAGUAUAUCUACGGCGGUCAGGCGAAGGUUCGUAAGGGGCCGUGGUACACGGUUCUAGAGCCUAGAGUAUCUCUUCAUAUGAGUCGAGAUAAGCAAGAACACGCACGGAGAAGAAAAGUAUGGGACCAAGCUUUUAGCUCAAAAUCAUUGCGAAAUUAUGAACCACGGGUCUCCCACUAUACCAACCAACUGAUUGGUGCGAUUCAAAAAAAUAUUGACAAGCCGAUGAACAUGAGCAACUGGUUCAAUUAUUACAGUUUUGAUGUUAUGGGGGAUUUGUCGUUUGGAAAAUCUUUUAAUAUGUUGCUAGAUGGAAAGGAAACCUACUUUUUGAAACAGCUGCAUGCUGAUAUGAAGAUGAUUGGUAUUUUCAGCCACUUGACCUGGCUGUUUCCUUUUUUCAAACGAAUCCCCUUGAUAAAUGCCGACUACUUGAAAAUGUGGAAUUGGGUCCGAAACCGAGUGAAGGAAAGAACAGAGAGUAAACCGGAUUGUCCGGACGUGUUCUCCUGGGUGUUGGACGACUUUGACAAAGGGCCAAAAACGAAGCAGGAUCAACUGAAUCUCGAAGGAGACGGCUACCUCAUCGUUGUGGCAGGCAGUGACACUACUGCCGCAACGCUCACCAAUCUCUUUUUCCAUUUGGCUGGGAAUCCGCAUUGGCAAAAACUAUUACAAGAAGAAUUAGACGCUUUGCCUGAUUUGUCUUAUGAGAAACUGGUAAAUAUCAAGAACCUUGAUGCUCUUAUCAACGAAACGCUUCGACUACAUCCGGCCGUCCCUUCAGGAACUCAGCGUAUGACACCGCCCGAAGGCAUCAGCAUUGGUGAUGUAUACAUUCCGGGAGAUAUUAUGGUCUGUAUGCCUCCGCAUACACUUUUCAGAGAUCAACGUGUAUUCUCUCGUCCUGAAGAGUUCGUCCCCGAGAGAUGGACUACACAGCCAGAGUUAGUGAAGGAGCCUUCUGCCUUCAUUCCAUUCAAUAGUGGCCCGUAUUCAUGCGUUGGAAAACAGCUCGCUCUCAUGGAACUCCGCCAUGUCACUGCUCAAAUUGUGACCCAGUUUGAUAUCUUCUUUGCACCCAGUCAGAAGGUGAACGACUUCAUAGAUGGAAAGAGAGAUACCUUUACCCUGGUGACCGCACCGUUGCAGCUGGUAUUCCGGGAGCGGAAAAAGAAUGUAACCUGAUGUAGAUCAAAGGAUUGAAUGCACAGCUAGCAACUUCGUAUGCAUAUGC